CCAGGCAGAAAGAGGUCCUCUGGCUAGAAACCUCCCGCCGCAGCUCCGUCCUUUGAGAUUCGCCUCUUCUGCAGAGUCAAGCCGCCCGGCGCCCCCCGAAAAAUGAUGGGGCUGCCCCAUUUCUGCCUCUUCGCGCUCUUCUGCCUCGGCGGCGUCUCUCAAAACGUCCCCCGGCUAAAGCUGAUCCCAAAAGACGCCAUGAUCCAAACGUUCAACCAGAAAGAACGGCUGAUGGCCAUGUUUCACGAGGCCGGGUCCCCUCAGGUGGUGGUGGGGGGCCGAGGGACAGUCUGGAUCCUGACCUUUGUGGGCUCAGAAAUCACCCCCACCCAGGUCCCGGUGCGCGUGGAAGAGAAAGCGGAGAAGGAUUGUAAAAAGGCGGCGAAGGGACAUUGCGAUAACUUCAUCCAGCUGAUUGAAAGGGUGGAGAAUAAUACCCUAGUCUGUGGAACGAACGCAGGUUUCCCCAAAUGCUGGAUUCUGGUCAACUCGACAUUGCAGAAAACCAGCCAGGGCCAAUUUGUCACCGUGCAAGGAGACAGCAUCGUUUCAGGCUCGCCCUCCCAAAAUGCUGUAUCCAUUGCCAUCGAAGACAGCCUUUAUUCCGCCUUAUCCGGGAACAAAAGCUCCAUCCAGCGGAGUUACGGACGGAAAAAAGGGAUCAAGACGAGGGAGAGUUGGCUAAGCCACGCCGAAUUUGCAGGAGCGGCUCUGUUCCCGCAUGAAGACCGGAAGGAAGACGAAAUUUUCUUCUUCUACAAUGAGGUCAACCAGUCAGCUGGGCUGGACGAGGAGCCCUACAAAACUUGGCUUGGACGUGUCUGCAAGGUGGAUCAGGGAGAGAAGCCAGUCCUGGCUGAUUCCUGGAGCACCUUCCUCAAAGCAAGGCUGGUGUGUGGACGCCCCCACGAACCCACGCUUUUCCACCAGCUGCAGGAUGCCUUUGUCCUCAGAGAGGCUGGCCAGACCAAGGCGGUGUUAUACGGGGUCUUCUCCAGCCCAUGGGGCUCUUCAGCUGUUUGUUCAUACUCGAUGAAGGAAAUCAGCUCCAAUCUUGAAAAGUCCAAAUUCAAGGAUGCUACAGGCUCCAUUCCUCAUCCCAGACCUGGCACGUGUGUUGUACCAGAUUCCAGCUCCGUCUCCAGAAUGGUGACCUUCAUUAAAGAUCACCCGGAGUUAGAAACCGUUAUCUACCCAGAUGAGAAGCAACCGCUGUAUGUCCUUCAGACGAACGACUCCUACACUCAGGUAGUGGUGGACAAAGUACGGGAUGCCAGCAACGUCUCCCAUGACGUCCUCUUCCUUGGAACUGCAAAAGGGAAGAUUCAUAAAGUUCUCCGAAGCAAAGAACGGACGGUGAUCAUUGCUGAGAUCAGCCCCUUCAAGAAUGAAGCACCUGUCAGGAACAUGAUUCUGGAUGCCACCACGGGCCAUCUCUACGUGAGCACCGAGUUUGAAGUGACGCGUCUGCCCCUGAAAGACUGCAGCCAGUAUAAUGAAAAUUGCUGGAGGUGCAUCUUGGCCCGGGACCCUUACUGUGGGUGGGACGCAGCUGGAAAGAGUUGUUCUGCCGUCUCCCAGGAAAACCACGCCAACAGGUUGAUUCAGAGCCUGGAUGCACCAAGCACCACGCAGGCGUGCAAAACAGCUGAAGGAAAAUUAGCCCAGGCUGCCAUCAAGAAAGUCAACGUGGAUCGCACGGCUUACGUCUACCUGCCCUGCCCUCUGAGGUCACACCACGCCACCUACAGUUGGGUCAAGGACAGCAAGGUUUACCCCUGUUCCAUGGAAGAUCAAUCGUGCACACUCCGCUUUGGCCAGGACCUGCCGAUGGAUGAGGGGGUCUUCAAAUGCACUGCUAGAGAAGAAGGUUACAAGGAGGAAAUUACGGCUUUCGAAGUCAGUCUCAGCAGCGGAAGGAUUCUGGAGCUCGCUCUGAGGGCUUCAGGCGCCGUGCUCCUUGCCAUAACGAUUCUCUUGCUAUAGACCAGAUCCCUAGCGGAGGAAUGGAUUCCAUCAUACUGCCAACAAUCUCUUUUUCAUUUCUCCCCCUUUUUAAAUAACGGGCUUUGGACGCAUCCAGCCGCUCCUACAAAUUCUCUUGGCCAUGCAGAUUGACCCCAGGUUGCAGGAGAGAGACGUAGGGCUCUGUCUGGAUGCCUCACACAUGCGUUUUUCCUCCUCUAGGUCACCAGGCUGUCCAACCGUAAACCCAAGGUUGGUCUUUUGGUCAUUUCUAAAAGAACACAAGCUUUAAGCAGGGGGGGAGAGCCAGUAAGAGUUAAGGCAGGUGCAAGGAGAACAAAUGCUUUGUCUGGAGAGAUAUAGCAAUCGAAGAGUUUAUUCUCGUCUGGAAGUGGAAUUUAAGAAAGUCCCUCUAAGUCAUGGGGACUUCAUCUGGCUUCCUGGUCACCCUCCCCAACUUGGUUUGCUCCCAGCUUUGAAGGGCCAAAUGCUCCCAAGUUGUGCAAGAAAUAUAUCCUGGGCACGACCUCCGACCCUGUCUUUUUAACCCUUCUGGUUGCAUGUGCUACGCCACGGCGAAUUGUUUUAUUGCUGGAAAGAACGAAGCCAGUUACGCCUUCCGGUUGAGCCCUGGAGGAGUUGAGCAUUUUUUAUUUUGUGGCCAGGGAAUGUGCCUGAUGGUUCAACUCACACCUGGGGUCCAAAAUCUCAUCUUGAAUAACGUCCCCCAGAUAAGGUAACGUCACCUUAAGAGACUCGCAGCCGGAGGAAUGUCCAUGGGAGGAAGGAAACGGGCGAUGGAGCAAUAUUUCACCGUAUCUCACAGCUAGUUGGAUCGAUCCGGCUCCAGGGACGAUGCCCGGAACAGUGCUCAGAAUCCUUCGUCCGUCGCAAGCAUCCGUGGCUCAUUUUGAGUUGUGCUACCGUUACAUGGAUUUUAUUCCCGUUCGGCACUGAAGCAUUGCACCUGGGAAGUGUAUUUUCACCAGGCUAUGCUGCACCGGACUUGACUGCACGACCACUGUCAAACUGCUUUGCGUCUGCGUGUUCAGUCUUUCCACGGUGGACUUUCCAUGGCUCUAGCUUGGCGGGGGGGGGGGGGCUUCUGAACUAUGAUGGGCUCACGCUGUUUCUAUUUCCUCAAAGGGUCUGGAUGAGUCUUGUAUCGAGCCAGCAGCAUCAUGUGCCUGCUAAAAAAGCGAAUGCCACCUUCAGCUAUAUUAACAGAAGCAUCGUGCCCCAGAAAACAGGAAGUAAUAGUUGGGUUCUGUUCCGUGUUGGUUAAGAUAGGCCUUCUCUAUCACGUGUGCCGUUCCAAGGGCCGCUUUUAUGAAGGACGUAGAUACAUCAUGGGUAGAAAGGCAGUUAAGUAGAGGGUGUCAGCCAUCGCUCAGGGAGUUCGAUAUAGUUCAAGGGUGAAGGUAUUGGAAGUGUAGGUCCAGGUUUAAAUCCAUUUUCAGUCAUGGAAGCUCCCUGGAUGAUUUUGGCCCAGUCCCCCCCUCUCAGCCUAAACUACCCCACAACUGAACUCCUGGAGAAAAGACAGGAUAUAAAUUUAACAAAUAAAUAUAUGCCUUAGCUGCAUCUCAAAUGGCAGAACUAGGAUUAAGCUAGAUGGUCUCUGAGAUUGCUACACAUUCAUAAUUUCUUCCCUCCUUCCCGUGAUCUUUUCCAUCUUUCCCUCGAAAGUUAUGACCUCUCUUUUUUAGAAUUAUUGUUAUGGAUUUUUUUUUAAUAGAAAAGUUGUAAGAAAUCUACCUGCAGAAAAGAAGAGAGUUGGAGGGUAGAAAAUACACAUUUCUAGGGGGAAGGAAUAAGGAACCUGUAAAUCAUCUAGGAGGUGCUUUGCUAAGAGUUGCGUUCACGUUAAUGGAAAGAAACUCUUCUCUAUGCAAAAGAAAAAAUGCAUAAUUUUUUUUUUUUUUACUAGUGUGUCCAUUGAUCUCAGAAAAAAGUCAAACAAAGAGCUACGGUCCACCUGAAUGCUGUUCAAUUAAACUUAGCGCAUCUCCCCAUGAACCUCCCAACGCUGAUUAAAAUCCCUGGAGUCUGCAAAUUUCUGUGCUGUCUUUUCAUAGGGCCUGACAUUAAAGUCCAAAUGGCUUUUCCAGGAAAUAAGAAAGCAUAGAAGCUCUUUGAUUUUCCUUUCCAGCACAGUAAUAGAGAAGCAGAAACACGUUCCAGGUAGGGAGAAAGUGGAAGAAAAUGGAUUUAGACCCCAAAGAAAGGGAGACUGUCAGCUGAUGUCUGGCUCUAUGAUUUGAGGGUUUAAUUAUCGUCCUUUCCAAUAAUUCAGUUUGGUUUCUGCAAUUACGAUCACCCCGUGUACGUACAAGCCAUGAUGAUUAAACGGCAGCUUGCAAAUCUCAGUCUCUGUUCAAAAGAAACAAACACGUUUCUCGUCCUUGUGGUUCCGGAUCUUAUUUAUGGAUUGCUUUGCUUGUUUGUAAUGUUAUCUGUCAUUUGCCAAUACAUGCAGUUACA